AUGACUGAACAAUUUACAAGAAGAUACUCAACUCAACAAGUGAGCAAUAAUGAUACCUGUGAGAGGUUAAUAAAUGAGAUGGAAAGAGAACAAGAAUCAAUGGUUGUUAGAUUAUUAAGAGAAAUUAAUGAAUUAAAAUUAGAAAAUUCAUAUCUAAAGCAAGAACUUCAAUCAUUCCGUGACCGUAGAGAAGGUUCUUAUACUUCAAUACCAAGUCCUCCACAAAGUAGAAAUACAUCUGUUUUUGAUAGUUACUCAAUAUCCAGUAAUUCUUCAUUAUAUGAACCUUCUCUUCCUAGAUCCAAAAGGUCAAGUUUAUUACUUGAAAAUUUAACAACACACCAAUUAGACGAACCUUUACCAAUCAAUACUCAUGCUUCAAACAUGGCUUUAUAUAAGAAACGCGGAUCUUUCCCAGGACUUCAUAAUCAAAGUAAUAACCCAAAUAAUUAUAAUGAAACCCCAAUAAGUACUAAUAAUCAGAACUAUUCCUAUUCUCCAAGUGAAAAUCUCUCAAAAGACAUCAAUAAUAAUAAUAAUAAUAAUAAUCAACAUAAUAACCAUACUUCAGUGGAUCCAUUAAGAAAAGUGGUGAUACCUGUUCAUAGACGAAGUUCUUAUUUAGAUUGUACUUUGGAUGGUUUCCCUGCUACCAGUGGAUAUCUUCAACAUGCUGAUUUAAACAAGAAGCUACAGCAGUACACAAUACAGUAA